AUGUUCGAGGCCGACUUUCGUGACGAACACACGGAGAAGAAGGUAUCACAAGAAGACCGACGAUUCUUGAGGAUAAUGGAGGAGAACUUCCAUCAGAGAGCCGACAAACACUUCGAAGGACCACUUCCUCUGAAGGACCAGAAUGUGAAGUUCCCAGACAACAAGAAGCUGGCAUUGAAGCGGCUUUUCUGCCUGAAAAGAAGACUCGCUAACGACAAGAAGUUCAGCGAUGACUACAACAGGUUCAUGGCCGACUCGUUCAACAAGGGAUAUGCGGAGCGGGUGCCAGAAGACGAACUGGGAAACGACGAUGGAAGGGUCUGGUUCGUCCCUCACCACGGUGUCUACCACGCAAAGAAAGGGAAAAUCAGAGUCGUCUACGACUGCAGCGCUGAAUACCAAGGAUUCUCGCUGAAUAACAGCCUUCUCCAAGGACCAGACUUCAUCAACAAUCUGCUGGGCGUAAUCAUCCGCUUCAGAAAAGAUGAAGUGGCGAUCAGCUGCGACAUCCAGGAGAUGUUUAAUCAGGUGCUCGUGACUGAGCAGCACAGGGAUCUGCUCAGAUUCCUGUGGUGGGAAAACGGCGACUUAUCCGGAGAGCCCGUCCAGUAUCGGAUGAAGACUCAUCUCUUCGGCGCGGUCUCCUCCCCCGCAUGCGCGAUGUACGCCCUGAACGCUACGGCAGACACGUACGAGCAGAAGUACGGGAAAGAAGCGGCAGAUUUUGUCAGACACAACUUCUACGUGGACGAUGGGCUCAUCAGCGUUCCGGAUGCCGACACUGCUGCGCGUCUAGCCAUGGACACGAUCCACCUGUGCGCAGAUGGAGGAUUCAAACUCAACAAGUUUGUUUCCAACGACCCCUCUGUCGUCGCUAGCCUUCCCCCUGACAGUGUCUCUAAGGCAAUGACAUCAGUAGACGUCAGUCUGCACCACCCUACUUACGAGCAAGCACUCGGACUGAAGUGGAACACCGAAACAGACACACUGCACAUCAACGUGGACCUUGCAGACAAGCCCAUUACAAGACGGGGCAUUCUGUCGACGGUGAGUUCACUGUACGAUCCAGUCGGUCUGAUAUCUCCGGUAAUCCUGAAAGGCAAGCAGUUCGUGAAGCUCCUCUGCUGUGACGGCUAUGACUGGGACGAACCUGUGGCAGAAGACGUCGCCGUGCGCUGGCUGCAGUGGAGGGAAAGUAUAUGCUUGCUUUCCGACAUCUCUGUCCCCAGACGCUACGUCUCCAACAAGGGCAAGAUCAAGAUUUACGAGUUGCAUCACUUCUCCGAUGCAAGUACAUCUGGCUACGGUCAGGUUACCUACCUGCGAACCAUCGAUGAGCUUGGACACGUCUGUUCGGGUCUCGUGAUCAGCAAGGCGAAGGUGACGCCCAAGCGGGCAGUCACGAUCCCGCGGCUCGAGCUGACCGCGGCGGUCCUCUCCGUGAAGGUCGCGAGCUUCUUGGACAAGAAGCUCAACAUCCGGAACCUGCGCCACUUCUUCUGGACCGACAGCAUGGUCGUGCUCGGUUAUAUCGGCAAUGAGAGCAGAAGGUUUCAAGUUUUCGUUGCUAACCGAGUUCAACAGAUACGGGAACACACUGUCCCGGACCAAUGGAGAUUCGUGAAAUCUGAGGACAAUCCAGCAGAUCUGGCCUCCCGUGGCCUCGAUGCAAGUGAGCUCAAGAACUGUGACCUCUGGUGGCACGGACCCAAGUUCUUGAUGGAUUCGGCAGAGCUCUCAGCAGAACCACGGUUCGUCGAGGUACAAGAAGACGAUCCAGAGGUGAAGAAAACAAGAGUGUUGGUCACCAGCAGCCGACAAGACGACGCCAAGUUUGAUCUGUCAAGCCGACUUGUUCCCUUUUCAAGCUGGUUCCGCGCCAAGAAGGCAGUAGCGAUCUGCCUACGAUACAGACGACGACUCCUGAACCGAAUCAGGCAAAAACGGACCUGCAGCACAACCACUGAAGGUAUGGAGGAGAGCAAAUCGCUGACAGACAUGCCCAUUGACACAGAUGAGCUGAACGACGCAGAAGUGACCAUUCUGAAGAACGUUCAGGAAGAUGAAUUCGAAGAGGAGUUGGUGAACCUGGCAACUCAAGAGGAUCCGACGACAGAUCGGAAACAAGUCAAGAAGCGGAGCAGCGUGCGCCGUCUGGACCCGUUUCUUGCCAGAGAUGGACUCUUGCGAGUAGGCGGACGGCUGAGGAGAAGCGAUCUGCCCCUGGAGACGGCACACCCUGUGAUACUGCCAAAGGAUCACCACGUCAGCCGCCUCAUCAUCGCGCACUUCCAUGAAAAGACCAAGCACUCAGGCCGAACGAUGACGCUGAGCGAGAUUCGGCUGUCCGGAUUUUGGAUUCUUCACGGAAGAACGGCGGUAUCUCGGUACAUACAGAAGUGCGUCAAAUGCAUCAAGCUCAGAGGAACACCGUGCGGCCAGAAGAUGGCAGACCUGCCGGAGGAGAGAGUGGGACAGAUGGAACCGUUCACCUAUUCCGGAUGUGACUGUUUCGGACCCUUCAUCAUCAAAGAGCGUCGCAGCGAGCUGAAGAGAUGGGGCAUCGUGUUUACGUGCAUGAGCUCGAGAGCCGUUCACCUCGAGACUCUGAACUCGCUGACUGCAGACGCUUUCAUCAACGCCUACCGACGUUUUGUUAGUCGGAGGGGACCAGUCAGAAAGCUCUUCUGCGACAACGCCACGAAUUUCAUCGGUGGCGAGGGAUACCUCAUGGCAGCACUCAACGAGAUGGACCGAGAUCAGGUCAGGAGGACCAUCCUGAAGGACAACUGCGACCUCGUGGAAUUCGACCACAUCACCCCACGGGCUAGUCACAUGGGCGGCGCCUGGGAGCGCCAGAUACGGUCUGUUCGCGCCGCUCUCAACAGCCUGUUCCAAGAUGUGGGACUCCAGAUCGACGACGAACUUCUUCGAACGGUCAUGACAGAAGCCGAAGCCGUAGUUAACAGCCGCCCCCUGUCCUAUGCAUGCAUGACUGACUCAGAUGUAGUAGAGCCUAUCACCCCUAGUCAACUACUCACCUUGAAACAGAAGGUAGUUCUCCCUCUGCCGGGGAACUUCGACCGCCCGGACCUGUACGUCAGACAACGCUGGAGGAGGGUCCAGUAUCUCUCCAACCAGUUCUGGCUCCGCUGGAGGCGGGAGUUUCUGCCAACUCUCCAAGAGCGUCGCAAGUGGAACCGGACGGAGCUGAAUCUCGAGCCAGGCGACGUCGUGAUCAUCGUCGACGCUGACGCCCCGCGAUGCAGCUGGCCUCUGGGCCGCGUGGUUUCCACGUACCCGAGCAGUGAUGGACUGGUACGAAGUGUCCGAGUGCGUAUCGGCCGUGCUGAAUAUGACAGACCGAUACACAAAGUCAUCCGCAUGCUGAAGUCGUAGGGUGAUUCCCAGUCGAGGAGCCUUGUUUAUUUUCCUUGCGUUCGUGUGCGCUGCGCAAGUUCCGGUGACAAAGUGUCAUCGACACUAUUGUGAUAAUGUGUCACAGUGACGCCGUGAUCGAUUUGUGACAGCGUGUUGUUGCUGCGAAAUGUGAAUCACGCGUGCCAUUGUAUAACAGACUGCGUUUUGUAUAUAGCAGACAACGUCUCUGCUAUUCACGUUCUGUGUGGAAAAGUGAUGGAAAAUUAGGUAUAAGUACCGUAAUUUUGGGGAGCCAUGUUCCCGCCCCAGCGGCUAACCGCAUCAAGAUAUACGGAUUUGUUUUUGACUGGCAUUUGUCUUUCAGGUGUCGCAUAUGUGUGCCUUGCCUCUGAUAGCUGACUACUGUGCUUGGUAGCCACAUUGACUGCACGCACGACCACUCACAAUCCCGGACGAAUUAUAACGGUCAUCACGGUCUGCGACUACUGUGGGCCCACCGACUACAAGCCCUGAUCACAAUAAAUCUUGUAGAACUCU